UCGGCCUGAUAAGAUAAUUCAUGUCCUUUAAAAGCGGCAUGUUUAAUAUCCCGAGUAUAUCAAUAAUUUCUUCGCAUAACUAGUUAUUUUAUGAUCUGAAUAUACAUUUAUUUUAGUGUCUUUUAAAGUUAACACUAAAUAUCAAUAGGCAUUUAGUUCAUACUCAUAGUACUUAUCAAGCUGUGAAAGACUAAUUUUGAUCUAAAACAAACGGAAUACUGUACAUAAAACAACGUUAACCAUGGAAAAUUCGAAAAUAUUGGAAUUUUUGGAAUUGGUAGGGCGCCUUAAGCAUGUCAAAAGAACGGGUUGGAUCCUCUGUGAUAUUAAUGAUUGUGAGACAAUAGCCGGCCACAUGUACAGGAUGGGAAUCAUGACAUUCUUACUAACAGAAGAAAAUAAUCCUACUAAAUUGGACAGAUUAAAAUGUCUUCAAAUAGCUCUCAUUCAUGACUUGGCUGAGUGCAUUGUUGGAGACCUCACACCUCACUGUGGAGUGAGUCCUGAAGAAAAACACAGAAGAGAAGAUGAGGCCAUGAAGACAAUUUCAGGACUAACUGGAAUUGCUGGUGAUAGAAUGUAUGAAUUAUACAAAGAAUACGAAGACCAAAGUUCACCUGAGGCUAAAUUUGCUAAAGACUUGGACCGUUAUGAUAUGAUUCUACAAGCAUUUGAGUACGAAAAACGUGAAAAUACUCCAAAGAAAUGUCAAGAGUUCUUUACUGCAACAGAGGGAAAAUUUGACCACCCGUUUAUACAAGAUUUAGUCAAAGAACUGUACUUGCAAAGAGAAAUCUUUGAGAAACAUACCGUUGUCAAUGGUCAUGUGUAAAUGCAUAAUUAUAGUACAUAACUUAUAUGAAAUAUGAUUCCUCAAAGCUUAAUAUAAUUUUGUCUAGCAUGGCUAGAUGUGAUGGCUAUAGGCUGCCUAUCUAUUAUUUUUUAUCUGUUAUUCUUUUCUAAAUGUAGGAAAUUAUUAUUGUUAUAAAGGCUAACCUUUUUAAGUUUCUCAGAAACUGAUGCUUUCAUAAUAAAAACUUUUGUUGCGAAGCACAUCAUAUUAAUUGUAUUUAAUUACAAAUAUUUAAAUGUUACCUUCAAAAGUAAAUGACAAAGUUAUUGUAAUGUUAUUAAUUAUAAGUUAUUAAUACAUAUUACUCUCGACAUUAAAUAAAAAUGUACUUAAG